AAAGGCAGUCAGCCGGCAAUAGUUACUCGCACACUUGGCGUCUCCCUCCUUCAAUUGCCAGCAGCAGGACGUCCAGGGUCCUGCUCUAUUUGUUUUAUCUCUGAGGCCUUUCGGACCCUCGCGGGACUUUGAUUUUUGACGCUUUGAUUUUUCCGAGAGGAUUUUUUUCCCUGCCCUCGCACCAUGGAGGCCACCACUGGGGAAUACAUGGACAAUUAUGAGUACUACGACGACAACGAGACGGUGUGCGACUUCUCCGAAUGGGAGCCUUCUUACUCUCUCAUCCCGGUCCUCUACAUGCUCAUCUUUAUCCUGGGCCUGUCUGGGAACGGCGUUGUCAUCUUCACCGUCUGGAGGUCCAAAUCAAAGCGUCGAGCGGCGGACGUCUACAUCGGCAACUUGGCGCUGGCUGACCUGACCUUUGUGGUGACCCUUCCUCUGUGGGCCGUGUAUACAGCUCUGGGCUACCACUGGCCCUUCGGCGUGGCUCUGUGCAAGAUCAGCAGUUAUGUGGUUCUGGUCAACAUGUACGCCAGUGUCUUCUGCCUGACCUGCCUCAGCUUUGACCGCUACCUGGCCAUCGUGCACUCACUGUCCAGCAGCAGGUUAAGGUCGAGAGGCACCAUGCUAGCGUCACUCGGUGCCAUAUGGUUGCUGUCCGGCUUGCUCGCUCUUCCCACUCUGCUCUUCCGCACCACGGUCAGCGACCAGAACAGCAACCGCACCACUUGCGCCAUGGACUUCAGCCUGGUGACCCUCAACCAGAGGCACGAGUUCCUCUGGAUCGCCGGGCUCAGCUUGUCAUCCUCCGCCCUGGGCUUCCUCCUUCCCUUCCUGGCCAUGACCAUCUUCUACUGCUUCAUCGGCUGCACCGUCACGCGCCACUUCAACAACCUACGCAAGGAGGACCAGAAGAAGAAAAGGCUGCUAAAGAUCAUCACCACACUGGUGGUGGUGUUUGCUAUCUGCUGGACACCCUUCCAUGUCUUGAAGAGCAUGGACGCCCUGUCCUACCUGAACCUGGCCCCCAGCACAUGUGGCUUUCUGCGUUUCCUGCUGCUAGCGCACCCGUACGCCACAUGUUUAGCCUACGUCAACAGCUGCCUCAACCCAUUCCUUUACGCGUUCUUCGACCUGCGCUUUCGCUCGCAAUGCCUGUGUCUGCUCAACCUGAAGAAGGCCAUGCAUGGCCAUAUGAGCUCUAUGUCGUCUACGCUGAGUGCACAGACUCAGAAGUCAGAGAUUCAGUCUCUCGCCACCAAGGUUUAGAGAGAAACGCUCAACGCGGAGCAAAGUGGGGGUCGUGGGACACUGACCACUGGAACACUUGUAAAGAAAAAAAUAAGACUAUAAGUGUCCAUUUGCUCUGGUAAGACAAGAAGAUGAACUUCGGCAUGCUCCCGCUCAUUGUUCUCCAUCAUUUCAAGUGGACUUGGAAGGCAGGAGCCAGCUGGCUGUGCUCUUUUGCCGCUUAUUUUCCUCCUCCAUUUGUUUGAAUUGUGAAUCAGUUUAGCUGAGAAAAAAAGAAUGACACUGGAUAAAUCUUAAAGGUGUACAGUAUUUUCAUACCAUAGCAUAUCUCCUGAUGUAUUACUGUUUUGUUUUAGAAGCACUUGUACUGAAUGUGUAUAUGUCCUCCUUCAAAGUGUGUCGUUUUUAAGUCCCAGGAGAGAUCAGGGCAUGGAAGAAGAGCAAAGGUGUUGAGGCUUAACGAUAUAGAGUUUGCAGAGGAGUCGGGGGAGUACGGAGCGGCAGAUGGCAGUUGACAAAUGUUGGGGGACCGGAAUCGGGUGUUACGUAUUGGUGGAGGGGCUGAUAAAUUUGUAUAUCUUUUAUUUUUGACAUCGCUGUAACUAACUACUGUAUUAAAGAUGUUCUUGUACACCAAAAUCUGUGUUUUAUUGAGUGUGGAAAUGACUGCUGCAACACAGAAACUUGAAAUUAAAAUGAAAAAGCAGAACAAAAGACUCCCUUUAAAAGUUACUUAAGGAUGUGGUUUCACGUCACUUUCAUUAUUACACCAUCCUGUUAUUUGGGUGAUAAGCAUCAGCAGAGGGUUUGAGCUUUGUUAUGAAUGCCUUGCUGUUGGUUUACACCUUCAGACUAAUAGAUCUCUAAUCUCUAUUGAUUCACAGUCAGUGUUCAGACUGUAACCAGAUUAGGCAAAGCAGCAGCCAUCCUUAAAGUGUGUAUUCAGUACACACCUGUGACAGAUGGGGUUCUAUCUUGUAGUGCAGGAUGUCCAAAUGAAUGAUUCCUCAAAACUUUGUUAGUGUUCAAUUUUUUUGCGGCGAAAAAUUUGAAAAUGCAUUUUCUUUCUUUUAAUAAAAGAAAAUUGAAUUUUCAAAACUCAUAACAGUGGGGAAAACAGUCUUUUCAUUGCAUUGUGACAAUUUACAAGUAGGUACAAAAACUCAGAGCAAGUCAAUAAAAAUCUUGAAUGUGGUCAUUUCAAAAGGUUUUUUUUUCAAGCAUGUGAUUUUCAGAAGUGCUUAAUUUGCCUAGACAUAAUGACUGUUUAGAGAUGGCGGAGAGAGGAAGUGGCGCUCUAAA